AUGGAAGUCCUAUUUAUUAACACUGUUGUUGAGUAUCUUAUAAAAAUAGACACCCUACAACAUUCCUUGCACAUUGUAUGGCACUUGGGUAGCUUGUCCCUCGUGUAUCAACACUGGGAAAUUAUAGCUAAUAGGGGGACUUCCCUGGUGGUGCAGUGCAUAAGACUCCACACUUCCACUGCAGGGAACACAGUUUCAUCUCUGGUCAGAGAGCUAAGAUCCCACGGGCUGUGUGACAUGGCCAAAGAGAAAAAAUAUAUAGCUAAUAGGAAAAUUUUGUCUCGAGGGCAUGAAAACUACCUUCUUUUUCAGGGUCCAUCUUGGGCCAUGAAUGGUAUGUGUGUGUAUGUCAUCUUUAAUUUAGUCUUUAAAUCAACUGUUUGCAUCUCUCAUUUCAUUGAUGAAGAAAGUGGAAUUCAGAGUUUAAACUGA